AUGAGUAUCCAGAGAACACCGCCACCGAUUCAAAUGCCACUUCAACGUCCAAUUCCAAUGCUUACGGAUCAAAUUGAUGAUGAUGAUAUCCAAGAAGAGUUGCUGACUCCGAAAAUUUCCAUAAAAAGAAGUAAUCUGAAAAGAGCAGGAGAUAAGAUUGAGAGAUCAACAGAUGACCUUUAUGAAUGCAUAAUGAACUUAGGUUCUAGAUUGUCAACGGAAUUUAAAUCUGAAUGCACAUCAAUAAAAGAAGAGCUCACGACAAAACUCGACGAGAAAUUUGCAAUGCUGGAUACUGAUAUGAAGGAAAUGAAUGUAAAAGUCAAGAACUUAGAAGAAUCAGUGAAUAGAAAUGAAAAGAAAUUAGACCAGCAAGGCAAAAUUGUCAAUCGACUUCUUCAAGAGAAACUGCAGACAAAAAUGGAAAUAAGUGGAGCAACAAUACCUUACAUGAACGAUAAAGAGAAAAUUAAAGAAGAAGAACAGCAGGAAAUGACAUCAUGA